GCGAUCAACCUCUCCUACUCCAAAGAGAAACUGAGAGAUCUGUUCCGUUUCUCUUUCCCCUCAUGGACUCCUCCAACGCGCCGGCGAUCCUCCCGAUCUCCAAUUCCCAGACGGCAGCCGGCGUAACUUCCACCGUCGAUGUGGGCGUCACUGCGCAGGCUGCAGCUCCCGUCGCCACCCCGGCCUUCCGCCUCUUCCUCUCCCGUCUUCAAGAAUCCGUCCGACGCUCCCUCUCAGACCGUCGCCCCUGGUCGGAGCUCGUCGAUCUAUCGGCCUUCUCCCGCCCGGAGUCUCUCUCUGAAGCAAACUCUCGCGUUCGUAAGAAUUUUGCCUACUUCCGCGUCAAUUACCUUGCCCUAAUCGCGGCCGUUCUCGCCCUCUCCCUCAUCACCCAUCCUGCUUCCCUCGUCGUACUCCUGGGAUUGCUUGCAUCCUGGUGCUUCCUCUAUCUCUUCCGUCCAUCUGAUCCCCCGCUCGUCCUCUUUGGUCGCACCUUCUCCGAUCGUGAAACCCUGCUUGGUCUGUCCGGCAUAACCGUUUUCGUCGUCUUCCUCACCUCCGUUGGAUCCCUCAUAAUCUCUGCAUUUAUGAUCGGUGCCGCUCUCGUAGCCGCUCAUGGAGCAUUCCGUGUGCCUGAUGAUUUGUUCCUUGAUGACCAGAUGCCAGGAGGCGCAGCGACGGGAUUCAUAUCUUUUCUUGGCGGAGGCGCUUCGACUGGAGGUGCGGCGAACGUUAUCGGACGUGUUUGAGACAGAUCUGACACAGGUCUCAAUCCGUGAGGUUGGUUGGGGCUCCUUCUUUAUCUUCUGGUUGAUUUUGUUUAAGCAGGCAUAAAGCGGUGUAUGGAUUGUGGUUUGUUUGUUCAUUCUGAUACAUACUGCAGAAAAAAUCUUUGCGAAUAUGAAUUGUUUUUUUUAUUACUAA